AUGAGCACAGCUGCCCUCCUUCCCCAUCUUCUACGCUACUCUCACGGUCCUCACACUUGGAAGCGCAUCAGUCUUUACAUCCCCAAAAUAAAGACAAGAAUGGCUCAGGAUGCACCGGCAGAUACGGCAGGUCCGUCGUCGCCUCCACCACAACUACCAGAGGGUUGGCUUCCCCAAUGGGAGGGUGUCGGUCGCCAGUGGUAUUACGUCCAGCGAGCGACAGGAAAAUCUCAAUGGGAAAUUCCUACAGAACCGGUGAUUAUGACCCCGUCUUCGACGCCGGGAUCCAUCGGAGCGGGCCCUUCACAAGCACCUUCAAACACCACGACACCCAGCCAUUACACGACAGAGACCCAUCAGUCAAUGGAAGGGCCAAUGAAACCUGUUUCAAGUUUUGCGAAUGAUACCAGCUCCGCAAGCUCCGACGUCAAUGGACAACAUAGCCACCAUUUUUACGGCACGCCUGCCGCAACAACCUGGUCUUCAAGCUCACAUAAUCAGCAAGACUCUCAAUUCUACAAGAACAAUACUCCUUCGGAUGGCAGAGAUCAAGCGACAAGUCUUCAUCCUCAAGUUGGCGCAGAGAGAAGCUCCGCUUUUGAUCGUACCAAAUGGGGCCAGUCUGGGCCUAAUUUAUGGCAGCAGAAACUGUCAGACGAGCACCGGCAACCGUCUCAAAAAAUCCCUGGCAAGCCUAUAGACGACCUCACACCAAGGCACUAUAUCAAUUUUGGUACCGACAGACACGACUUGUCUCAAUUACCGGACACAUUGUCUCCGACACUCUACCCCCAUCACGCGAGCCAGACCCUUGAGCAAACGCAUCCAAGAACUGAUCAAAGCCAGUCUCCAGGGCAGCACGGUCACCAUUUUUUCGAGACCGGUCACGGCCCCCCUCAGCCGCGAUCUGGCUCCUUCGCCCCCAGAGCCUCGAUACAAUCCCUGCCCACGACAUCCCAUGGGUAUCAAGGUGGUGUGCCAGAUCGGGCUGAAUCAGGGACAAGUCACCCGAAUGCCCCAUCUUACUAUGAACAGGAGGGUGCUUAUUCGAAUGCUUAUGGCGCAUUGCAACAACCUCAAAAUUCAGGCCAUGGAAUAGUAUCUGUGCCACCAAGUUUGAGUCAUCAGCUUCAACCCGAGUCGAAAGUCCCCACAGCAUAUCCACAUUCUCUGUCAUCGAUCCAUUGCAAUGAACAACAGCCUCCGAUCCUCCAUCGCCAAAGUGUCAAUUUCAAUGGUCCUGCAGACAUCCCGGCGUUAGAUCUCAAGAACAGGUCCCAUCCUCCGUUUGCACAGGUUCAAGAGGCUGCUCAGAACUAUCGAAACCCCCUUCUACAAGCGAGCCUGCGCCAUUACCUGCCAACACUCGGUCAACAGAACUCUGGUAUGGGAGGCACAGCUUGGCAGGGUGGAAAUAUUUCCCUUUCGGAAAACCAAUAUGGGCAAAUCCAUCCGUUUCAGCGGGCUGACGGAGUCACUUCUUCCCGGGCAUCGACUUCAGACCCCCAAUUUGUGAGUGGACCUUGGGCGUCUGCCACACCGCCGACCUACAGCCCUAGCCGGUAG